GGAGACAGGAGUCAGUCAGGAGGGGGCGGCUGGGUGGGGCCAGGCGAGGCUUCGGACUCCGGAGAAGGAGGCCCCGGUUCCCCGGAACUGUCCGGGCGUCACCUGAGGAGGAAGGGGGCGGGGUGACCCGGCGGGGAAGUGGUGGGAAUGGACGCGAGGGCAGGGCGGCCUCUCAUAUAAAUAGCUCCGCUCUCCCAGCGAAGUCAGAUCAAAGACCUUCCACGUGUUGAUGGCCACGACCACUGACUCCGUAGCGCGUCUUAGUUUGGCGGCCCUGCUUCUACUCGGGUCUCUCUGGUUCUGCACGGCGCCAGGCGAUCCUCACUCUCUUUGCUACAACUUCACCAUCGAUCCUCAGCCUAGUCCUGGAGAGCCAUGGUGUGUGGUUCAAGGCCAGGUAGAUGGGAAUGUUUUUCUCUCCUAUGACUGUGGUGGCGCCAAGAUCCAAUCCACAAGUCCAUUGGGAGAGGAGGUGAAAACUACGCACACUUGGGAAACACAGACAGAAACACUGAGAGACAUCGGGGACUUGCUCAAGUGGCGAUUGUCUGACGUCAUACCUGAGAAACACAUGGCCAGAGGCCCUCUGACCCUGCAGGCCAGGAUGACGUGCCAGUGGGAAGAGGAUGGACACAUCAGUGGAUCCUGGCAGUUUGGCUUCAAUGGCCAAAUGUGGCUCCGCUUUGAUUCAGAGAAUGAACACUGGACAGUGGUUCAUUCUGGAGGGAGGCGGAUGAAAGAGAAGUGGGAGAAUGACAGAGCUGUGACCGACUACUUGAAGAGGGUCUCCAUGAGAGACUGUCGGGCCUGGCUUCAGGAUUUUAUGGUGCGCUGGGAGGAAAUGUUGAAGAGCACAGCAUCACCGACCACGGGCCCCCCUGCAGUCCAGCCCAGGGCUACAGCCAUCGAUCUCACCACAAGGAUUGUCCUCGGGGUUCUCGCCAGUUUCUUCAUAAUGGGCAUCAUAGUAGCCUGGAGCCUUUACAAGAAGAGGUACUGAGGGCAGAAUCCAGAGGGAAUCAGGGGCACAGGGCCUGGU